UUCUUUGUUGGCUGCCGGGUGACUGGUUCCCAUUAAUCUCCCGCACUGGUCGUGGCCGUCUCCACUUCCUGCCUUUGCAUACUUUUCUCUCCCUCGAUCUCAGUCCCUUCCCACCCCCUUCCCUCCCCCCUUUCUUUCCCUCUUCCCAGCUUCUCCAAAAAAGCUACAAUCUCCCGGGCUGCGGGACGGGGGCUGCAGGCGGCCGGCGGAGGGAGCGCAUCCCCGCGCACCUCGAAACAUGAAAGAAUACAGGAAGUCCUGCAUGACCUUAUGAAUACCUGUGCUAAUUAAGUCACUGGCUUGGUACUGGGAGAACAGCAAGAUAAUAACAGAGUUUUGUCUGGGAAAUACAAAUCUGAGAAUGGAGUGGAAAGGGAAAUGCUCCAAAUUUCAGAUAUCCACAUUUCUAGGAAGCAGAAAUGACCAUGACUGCCAACAAGAACAGCAGUGUCAACAGCAGAGCUGGAGGGAGUAAAGUGCCUCAGGACACUCUGGAUAGGUGCCAGUCAGCCACUCCGCCGCCCCUGCUGUCCCCUCAAAGGAGCCCUGCCUACCCCCUCAGUGACAGUGAGGACUCCUCCCGCUCUACUGGGCUCUCCAGAGUCUCCAGCUCCAGGCUGUGCCUCAAGGACUGGAACAGCCGCACGUCUACGCUGCGCAGCACCUCCACGAGCCCGUCGGACACCGACUCGCCGAGCCGCCCCCUCAAAGCCAUCAGCGUGGGUGCUCUGGAUAAAAGGCUGUCCGUGUUCAAGGCCGACCAAAAGGAGAGUCCCAAUGAAGGUCAAGAUGGGGAGGCAGUAGGGAGCCAUCCGCUCACCCGGAGCACUCUGUCCUUGGGCACUGCCACCAAGUUGAGGACCCUCUCCAGCAGCAGGGUGAGCGUCCGCUCGCAGACGCUGGACAUCAGGCAGAAGAUCACAGAAUGGGAGUGCCGUCGGGAGCUGUCCCCCAGGGCCAGCGUGUGUAUGGACAAGAGGGAUGCUGGGGAGAGGUCGGGCAGUGAGAGCUGCCCCAGCGUGCUGACCUCUCCCUGCAGCGACAAGACAUUUGAUUUCAAAGGGUUCAGAAGAAUGAGCCGAACAUUUUCCGAGUGCUCUUACCCGGAAACAGAGGAGGAGGAACUGCUGGACAGGGAUUCCUGCCAUCGGUUUGACAAGAGACCGGGCAGGAGCGAACCUCCUUCUGCCACUUUCCUUAAGAGCCAUGUGAGGAAAGAGUCCUCUGCUGUGCUCAACAGAAUCCAGAAGAUCGAGCAGGCACUGAAGGAGCAGUCGGGCAGAGGCCUCCCCCAGUUACCGAGUAGCUGCUACAGCGUUGACAAAGGGAGGAAAAAGUCUGGGACUCUGCCUGCUGUGGAGGGACUGAGCGAAAGCCCGAGCGAUAGCAAAGGCGGGGGUGUUAUUUUGGGGAGUGAACCAGAAACCCCUCCCGAGGCUGAGAAAAGCAGUAAAACAAAACAGGGCCUUACUGCGAACUCAGCGGGCCCCAAAGCGCUCCUGGAAAGCGCGCCCAACAGCGCCGUGAAUCCCGUCCCCAAGCCCAAACGCACCUUUGAGUACGAGGCAGACAAGUCCCACAAGAGCAAACCAAGCAAUGGCCUACCUCCAUCUCCCACGCCUGCUGCUCCUCCUCCCCUCCCGUCCACGCCCGCGCCCCCCGUGACCAGAAGGCAGAAGAAGGAGUCGCGCUUUCACCGAAAGUCCCAGAACAGAAAAUCCUUUGAGUUUGAGGAUGCCUCAAGCCUGCACUCCCUGUACCCUCCCUCCCCGACUGAAAAUGGAACCGAGAGCCAGCACAAAUUUGGAUCCAAGAGCACUUUAGAAGAAAAUGCCUAUGAAGACAUUGUAGGCGAGUCACCCAAGGAAAACCCGUACGAGGAUGUGGAGCUGAAAGGCCGUCACGGGGGGCGAAAAUCCCAUCCGCUGUCCGAGAACUCCCUAGAUUCCCUGCACAGGAUGUGGACUCCGCAGAACAGGAAAUACACGGCACCUCCGCAGCUGCCCUCGAAGGCCGGCAGCCACUCCCUGCGCGCGGGGAACUGGUCGGAGAGGAAGAGCCACCGCCUGCCGCGGCUGCCCAAGCGGCACAGCCACGAUGACAUGCUGCUGCUGGCCCAGCUGGGCAUCCCCUCGUCCCCCUCCAGCCUCACCGAGGACAGCCUGAGCACGGCCAGCGAGCUGCUGUCCACGCGCCGCGCCAGGAGGAUCCCCAAGCUUGUCCAAAGAAUCAAUUCCAUCUACAGUGCAAAAAGGGGGAAAAAGCGACUGAAGAAACUUUCUAUGUCCAAUAUUGAGACAGCUUCCCUACGAGAUGAGAACAGCGAGAGUGAGAGUGACUCAGAUGACAGGUUUAAAGCUCACACCCAGCGCCUGGUGCACAUCCAGUCAAUGCUGAAGAGGGCUCCAAGCUAUCGAACCCUGGAGCUGGAGCUGAUUGAGUGGCAGGAGCGGGAGUUAUUUGAGUAUUUUGUGGUAGUGUCCCUGAAAAAGAAGCCCUCUAAAAACACUUACCUCCCAGAAGUGACAUACCAGUUUCCCAAGCUGGAGAGGCCGACCAAGCAGAUGCGGGAAGCGGAGGAGCGCCUCAAGGCCAUCCCACAGUUCUGCUUCCCUGAUGCCAAGGACUGGCUCCCUGUCUCUGAGUACAACAGUGAGACCUUCUCUUUCAUGCUGACUGGGGAGGAUGGGAGCCGGCGGUUCGGGUACUGCAGGAGGCUCUUGCCCAAUGGAAAAGGCCCCCGCCUACCUGAAGUUUACUGUGUCAUCAGCCGCCUGGGGUGCUUUGACUUAUUUUCUAAGAUCCUGGAUGAGGUUGAAAGGAGAAGGGGAAUAUCUGCUGCCCUGGUUUAUCCAUUUAUGAGAAGUCUGAUGGAAUCUCCUUUUCCUGCACCUGGAAAGACAAUCAAAGUCAAAACCUUCCUGCCUGGAGCUGGAAAUGAGGUCAUUGAGCUGCGGAGGCCCAUGGACUCCCGCCUGGAGCACGUGGACUUCGAGUGCCUCUUCAGGUGCCUGAGCGUGCGGCAGAUCAUCCGCAUCUUCGCCUCGCUCCUGCUCGAGCGCCGCGUCAUCUUCGUGGCGGACAAGCUCAGCACCCUGUCGAGCUGCUCCCACGCUGUAGUGGCCCUGCUGUACCCCUUCUCCUGGCAGCACACCUUCAUUCCUGUCCUGCCCUCGUCCAUGAUUGACAUCGUGUGCUGCCCUACCCCCUUCCUGGUGGGACUGCUCUCCAGCUCUCUGCCCAAACUCAAGGACCUGCCUGUAGAGGAGGCUUUGAUGGUUAACCUGGGAUCUGAUCGAUUCAUCAGACAGAUGGAUGAUGAAGACACAUUAUUGCCUAGAAAAUUGCAAGCUGCUCUGGAGCAGGCUCUAGAGAGAAAGAAUGAACUGAUAAAUCAGGAUUCAGAUAGUGAUUCAGAUGAUGAAUGUAACACCCUGAAUGGAUUAGUGUCUGAGGUUUUUAUCCGAUUCUUUGUGGAGACAGUUGGCCAUUAUUCCCUGUUCCUAACCCAGAAUGAAAAAGGAGAGCGUGUCUUCCAAAGGGAGGCUUUCCGUAAAUCUGUGGCCUCCAAGAGUAUCCGCCGCUUCUUGGAAGUUUUCAUGGAAUCCCAAAUGUUCGCUGGCUUCAUCCAGGACAGAGAGCUGAGGAAAUGCAGGGCUAAAGGGCUCUUCGAGCAGAGGGUGGAACAGUAUUUGGAAGAGCUCCCGGACACGGAACAAAGUGGAGUAAACAAGUUCCUGCGAGGCCUCGGUAACAAAAUGAAGUUCCUUCACAAGAAGAACUAGCUCCUUCCUGCUGAAACACCAACCCAAAACCUAUUUAUGGCACCGUGCGAGACACCUGCGGCGCUGGAGCGCGGAGCGGGAGGAGAGCGGAGCGAGCUGAGGCAGCUCCAGGCGGUGACCCGUGGAUGCUGUGUCAGUGUGCCACGCGAUGGCUCCUCCGUGGUUUUGGGCAGAGUUUGUACAUAAUGUGCUGUAAGCUUUUGUAACUGAUUUUGUAAUGAGCGAGAAAACUGUGGUAAAUAUUUGUAUAUUCCUGAGAAUACCAGGUGCUUGUUUUUUCCUUUAGUAUGAGUUGAGUUAUGCUUGGUGCAAAAACGAGUAGCUGAUUAUGUGCAGCUGACUGUCUCAGCAGAACCACUGACUCCAAGGGAUGUUUGAUGCCUGAACACUGCGGGGUGAAUGAGCUCGGGUACGUGGGAGAGGUUGUACGCACGGGGCUGCUCUUGUGCGGCACAGGCGCUUGUCUGUCUGUCUGUUUCCUUCAAACUGAUUUUAAAGGAGAAAUAACAAAGUAACUUGAUAAUAAGGUACUUGGUUCACAUUGCAGAACCUCCACUUGGUUUGAACUCUGGUCAGUAAAGUCCUUAUAACCCACUGUGCACUAAGAUGCUAAGCCUGGGGAGAUCUCAGCUCUCUGACAUGCAAGCUGCAGCGAGUAGGUACAGUACAGCCUUUCCUAGUGUAUGUAUGUAUGGAUCCUAAUAAACUCUGUAAAUAGACCUGUUUGUUUAUAUUCAUUGCAAACCUCUGCACUUCCUCAUGUGGAGCAGGUACAAACACAGCAACUCACCUGUGAUUUUUAAAUGAAUUUUAAUUAAAAUGUAAAGUGGUUAUUACGAACCUGUCUUUUGUUAGGUUUGCUAUUUCACGACACAUAGUUUGGGAUUUCUUCAGUGUUUUUCACCAGGGCUAAGACAAGGCAUUUUACACCCGUUUUUAAACAAUUUCAUCCUGACAGAAGCAUCUGUUAAAACAUUUUUUCAUGGGUUAGCAGCAAAUGAUUUUAUCUUUGUAUCAUUUGCUCCUGACUAUGGUAUUUUCAGUUGGCUCUGUGCUGUGUGUGAUGCUCAAAUGUCACAUUCUUCCUUGGUCUAGAAACAGAACUCCUGUUAAGGUUCUAUCAGUUUUCCCAUAGCGUGAAGAAGAAAAUAUUAAAAAAAAAAAUAUAAAGUGCUUCCAUAUGUUGCAGGUCUGACAGAUAAUGAAAAUUAGCUGAAGCCUCUUACCUUUGAAGGAAUCCCACCACGCUCUGGUUCUCGUCAUUCGCAGCGUGACUGCUGUAGUUAGAUGGGCUUUGAGGCUUGCGCAGUUCCUAACCUGACAGUGGUUCUGGUUUGCUAUCAGCCUCAUAGAGCAAAUUCGAGGGGCUGUUCACUGAAAAGGUGAAGUCAUUUCCUUCUUCAGUUACCUCCCUCACACUCCAAAAUACACAAAAGCUUCUUAAGUGUAUGUGAAAUGCCUGUAAAAUGCCAGAUGCUUUAGCUACAGAGGAAAUGUCUCCACAACUGGUAACUUCCAUUAGGUUUCCUCUGUGAUACUCUCCAAGUUCCAGAAUAAUUGCUAGAUGUAAUUCUUGAGAGUGGAAGGAAUAACGUCACUUGUACAGGUGGCUUCUGGCCUUUUUAUAAACAACAGCUGUUAGUAAAUGUAGGGGGAAAUACAUAAUUCCUCUUCAGAAAAUGGUGGAUAAAACUCUAUCAGCACAUGCUGUGGAGUUACUGCAAAGGCAAGACAAAGCCAGUGUACAAGAAUGUUGUGCUGUAAAACUCAUCUCCUGUGCCAAAGCUGUUUUGCUCCAUUUGCACUUUAAAAAUUAAAGGAGAAAGCUUUUAAA